UGGAGGAGGCCCCUCCAGAGAUACUGGGCGUCAGGAUCCAGCCGGUCCUCUGCCUCCUGCCUCCGCCGGCUUCGAUCCCUAGGAGGGUCCUCGAUUCCAGCCGCCCUCAGCCUCAAGCCAAGGGAGGUGCCCUCUGAGCUAGCUACGGAAAGAGGCGGGGACUGAAUCGUCUGAGGAGGAGAGGGAGGAACCGACGCUCCUCGAGCUGGUGGCUGCAGGCGCCCUGGGUUGCCGCCGUCUCCCUGGGCGGAGCUGCACCCGAAGCCCGGACUGUAUUGAGAGCGUGUGAAUGUCCGCGUGGACUAGGGCCGCGCGGGCCCCGCGCUUCCUCCGGCUCGCUCCCGCGUGCUGCUGUGUAUGUUCGCUUCUUGUCACUGUGCGCCGAGAGGCAGGAAGACUAUGAAGAUGAUUCACUUUCGGAGCUCCAGCAUCAAAUCGCUCAACCAGGAGAUGAAAUGCACCAUUCGGCUGCUGGACGACUCGGAGGUUUCCUGCCAUAUCCAGAGGGAGACCAAAGGGCAGUUUCUUAUUGAACACAUCUGCAACUACUACAGCUUGCUGGAGAAAGACUACUUCGGAAUUCGCUAUGUGGACCCAGAGAAGCAAAGGCACUGGCUAGAACCUAACAAGUCCAUCUUCAAGCAAAUGAAAUCUCAUCCACCAUACACCAUGUGCUUUAGAGUGAAAUUCUACCCACAUGAACCCUUGAAGAUUAAAGAAGAGCUCACAAGAUACCUUUUAUACUUGCAGAUUAAAAGAGACAUUUUUCAUGGUCGACUGUUGUGCUCCUUUUCUGAUGCUGCCUAUCUGGGUGCUUGUAUUGUUCAAGCUGAGUUUGGUGAUUAUUAUCCUGAUGAGCAUCCUGAGAAUUACAUAAGUGAGUUUGAGAUUUUCCCCAAGCAGUCCCAGAAGUUGGAAAGAAAAAUCAUGGAAAUUCAUAACAAUGAACUCAGAGGUCAGAGCCCAGCAAUUGCUGAAUUCAACCUACUCCUGAAAGCUCAUACAUUGGAGACUUACGGGGUAGAUCCUCACCCAUGCAAGGAUUCAAGAGGUGCUACAGCAUUUUUAGGAUUCACUGCUGCAGGGUUUGUGGUAUUCCAGGGAAAUAAGAGAAUCCAUUUGAGAAAAUGGCCAGAUGUCUGCAAAUUGAAGUUUGAAGGGAAGACAUUUUAUGUGAUUGGCACCCAGAAAGAGAAAAAUUCUGUCUUGGCAUUCCAUACUUCAACACCAGCUGCCUGCAAACAUCUAUGGAAAUGUGGGGUAGAAAACCAAGCCUUUUAUAAGUAUGCCAAGUCAAGUCAGAUCAAGACUGUGUCAAGCAGCAAGAUAUUUUUUAAAGGAAGUAGAUUUCGAUAUAGUGGUAAAGUUGCCAAAGAGGUUGUGGAGGCAAGCUCCAAAAUCCAGAGGGAUCCUCCUGAGGUGCACAGAGUCACCAUGAGUCAGAGCCGCAGCUCUCACUCCUUGCACAAACAGCUCAUCAUUAACAUGGAGCCCUUGCAGCCCCUGCUUCCUUCCCCCAGUGAACAGGAAGAGGAAGUUCCUGUUCCUGAAGGUGUCCCAUUGCCUAAAGCAGAUGUUUCUGAGCCCCUGGUUGCCAGUUCACCAGUGAAGAGAGCUCGAUGUGCAGAUCCUCUAAGUGAAGAGGAAGAUAAAGUAAAAGAAGACCCCUUGACCAUCUCUGAACUAGUAUACAAUCCCAGCGCCAGCCUGCUCCCUACCCCAGUGGAUGAUGAUGAAAUCAACAAGCUCUUUGACUGUCCAUCUAGGCUUGAAUUAGAAAGAGAAGACACAGAUUCAUUUGAGGAACUGGAAGCAGAUGAAAAUGCCUUUUUGAUGGCUGAAGAGGAAGAGCUAAAGGAAGCUCGUCAAGCUUUGUCAUGGAGCUAUUCCAUCCUGACCGGCCAUGUCUGGGUCAACCCCCUGGUCAAGAGUUUCUCCAGGCUCCUUGUGGUAGGCCUGGGACUGCUGCUGUUUGUAUUUCCCCUGCUCCUCCUCCUUUUGGAGUCAGGUAUUGAUCUCUCCUUCUUAUGCGAAAUUCGUCAGACACCAGAGUUUGAGCAGUUUCAUUAUGAAUAUUAUUGUCCCCUGAAGGAGUGGGUGGCAGGGAAGGUCAACAUCUUCCUCUACAUGCUGGGCUGUUCCUAGGUUCUUAUCUGAUGAGACUAAGGGCUAUCUUCAAUACUGGUGGUAUCAUUUUCAGUAGAUGCUAAGUUUUGAUUGGCCUUGAGUUGUCAAUAUGUGUUCUUUUCUCUUAACUGACUGCUCAAACCUUGAAAUUAGUUUUCUGUACUUCAUUGAAUUUAAGUUAAUUUAAAUCAAAUAUAAUUCUUUUAGUUAUCCUUCAGAAAGGCAGUCUUGAAGUAACCAAAAAAAAAAAAAAUUCUCCUUAUCAUACCAUAAUACGUAGUACAUUGGAGUUAGGUAUUCCUAUUUCUUUAUGGUAAACUUUAAUGUUCAGAAUCAGAAUUUUAGUAAAAAUACAAGAAAAAUCUUUUUACUAUAACCUUUGGUGAAAAUAAUAUCCUCUUACUGAUGCCUAUACAAAUAAGUUGAUGCUGAGUUUUUCUUUCAGUUUUUUUUAACAAAAAAAAAUAUAUUUUUAUGUGUUCUAACUAUUUUGGUAAAUUUUUAGCAAAAAAGCUUUCUGGAGUUAUUUAAGUAUACAUAUUGUAAAACUAAUGCACAUGGAAUUUUUUAGUGUUUUGGCACCUGAUUUUUUUAAAGAUAUUUUUUGGCUAACUAAUCCCAUAAUUUAUUACCUGCAUAUGACUUUGAAAAACAAUAGUAAGAAACUAUAGUAAGUAUUCAAAACAGAUGAUUGAAUUAGAAGAUGUGAGCAAGGAGAACACUGAGUUGACACUGUGAGGUCUAGUUUUCAAAGUUUUCAACAAGAUAAUCUUAUAAUUUCAUUUGCAUUUUGCCCAUAUGUUUGGGCUGGGGAAGCAGAGUGUUUUUUAAAAGAAAUUGAAACUACUUGUAAUAGUAAAACUGUAAAAGAUCCACUAGUUAAUUGUUUAUUGUUUCCUAAUCUCUGUGAAAGCAGAAGGAGUUUGGCAAAUAGAAGGUAGCAAAGAAGAGUUCUGGUGAGACAGCUAGGCAAGAGGUGAUAAGCUUAUGGUUGCUUUUAUGGAAGUGAUGGUGAUACAUUUGGCACUCGAUGUAAAGAGCUGUGCACUCAAUUUCUGAGUUCACAAAAUCAUGUUUAGUUAAUAAAAGUGGAGAAAUUUUAAGGUGAAUAUUUGGGAUCCCUCAUGCUUUUCAUUGUGAUUCUCUGGAUGAAAUUUUAAGGGUGUGUGUGUGUGUGUGUG